GCAGCGCCCUGGGUGUGGUGUGGUGGUGUCUUGCGAGGUUUGCGUGGGCGAUGUGGAGCGGCACCGAUGUUUCGCAGAAGAGCUUGGACUUGGAAAAGAUGCGGUCGGGGGCCCUGGGCCACUGCAGGCAGUUUUUUUGGCUGGGUGUCGCCUUCGACGCUGUGGGUGUGGCAGUGCUGUUCACUGGCGUCUUUGCCAACUUGCUGUUCUACGACAUGCUGCUCUAUCUGGGUUCCAUCAUCAUCUUCGUCAGCCUCUUGUGGUGGAUCUCCUGGUACACCGGCAACAUCGAGGCACUCCCGGAAAACCCCUUAAGAAGGACUUCGCGCCGCGCGGGCGAGGUCUCUGUGCACCGGUGCGGCAGCCGUCGCUUCUCGCUGACCCUCAGGAGCGUCUCUAACACCUUCCAGCUGAUCCGCCGGCGGCGGCGGCAGCGACUCCUCCCGAGGGUUCUCCAGAGGGUCAACAGCCUGAGCUCGCCUGACCCGGGCCACAUGGACGCCAGGACUGCAGGUGGCAGAACUUCGUUCUGUCUGGCGAAGCCUGUGUCCGUUCUGAACCAGCUAGAGCUUUGCGCAAUCCAGGCCUCUAAGAGUUUUCCUCUGGUCCCUCUACAUUCCCCUCUCUCCAUUUCUCCUUCUAGAAGCCUGCCUGUCUUUUCGGUGACCUCGCAGUGCCACCCUCUGGCGUCUGAAGCCUCUGAAAGCUAUAACAGGAUGGCUUUGUCCUCUGACUGCCAUGUGCCUCAGGAGCGCUCUAAUAUCAGUUUGACCUCUCAGGUCUACCCUCUAGAACGGACAAAGAAUCAGAGUCACCUCCUGGUGCCCGUACCCCCUGAUAGUUUUCCUAUGGUACCCAUGAUCUCCAAGAGCCAAAUGCAGGGCUCUCUAUCCCAACAAAGCCAUCUCCAGAGUCUUCCCCGUGUCUCUCAAAGGCAGCCUGAAACUGCUAAAGCUUCUGAGAGCCAUACUUUAACCACAGGGGUUCCUGUGGUGUCACCUGGGUUUGCCCAGGCUCUGCACCCGGAGGCGUCUUUAGCACAAACUUCUCAAAGUCAUUCUUCAUGUGUCCAGAAAGUUCCUAAGAAAAGUGCUGAAGUUUUUGGGACUCUCCCGGCACCCAGCCAGAAACUAUCUCGGGAGCAGCCUGACCCUUCAUCCCCUGUCUCUGAGGCCACACAUCCAAAACACUCAGUGUGACUCUUCUGGUAACCCUCCAGCCUUGGGAGAAGUGAGGAAAAGUUACUCUUUCUAAUAGGAAUCAGACCCCAGCAAUUUGAAUGUCUACUAAGGCUUUUGCCAAGUUAAGUGCCUUGAGGAAAAACUGCCAACCAUUACCCUUCUUAUUGUCAGUGUUCUAGUGGCUUUCUCAAUUCCUGUAGUGGGAACAAAGUGGCCUUGGACUUCAGGAAUUAGCCAUUUGAUGGUUGGUAGGCUUUUGAAAAUGGCUUUCUGAGUAGAUGAAGCCCAAGGCUUUGACUACUUUACUGGGUGAUGAAAUCUGUUCCUUUUGUUUAAGGUUAGCAGGGGAGCCAGAGGAAUGUUUUUCUUUUAGGAAGUUAUAAGGUCUGGAGGUAGGUGAGGGAUGUGGAUUCUGCAGGGGUUCUCCUGGACGAAGGCAGCUUCAGUUUGUACAGGAACAUAACACCAAGUGACAUUGAAUCUGAGUGAGGAAACUAUUCCUUUUCAGUUUAUUUGACUUUUGUCAGAGAGGCUAGCUUUUAUUGGAGACAAUGCUCUUUAAUGCCCCUCUAAAGUUUCAGUAGGCAAAAACUAUAGUCAGCGAGACUGUAAUAAUCUUCAUAUUCAUACACUUUUCAGUGAGUUACUUCUACGUAAUGCCCAGUGAUACUAAUUUCCUGUUUACAACAGUGAUAGUUGCUGUUUAAAUACUGAAAGACCCCUGCCUCACCCUAAGUUAAACAUAGCUAACGCCAUUUUGUGGGAUACCACUGUUUUGUAAAACUCUAAAGGCUAAUGGAAAACUAGAAAAUUACUAAGAAACCCAGCUGUGUCACCCACUUGGGAUAUCUGCGGUCAGGCUGCCCCAGUUGAGCUAAAAAACACUUUGUGUUAAUCACCCUCAUGGAUAUCUGUGAGACUGUUCCAGUUAAGAUAAGGGUCCUAAGGAAAACAACAGAUGGCGGGCCAUGUCAAGGGGUCAUCAUGACUGUUUCGACCACCCAGUUCCUGGAAUCUUGGUGUCCCUGCCAAACUUUGAUGCAAACCGUGGUCUCAUGUAAACGGACCAAUCAGCCCCCUGUAACCAUGCUUCUCGCUUCUGUACCCACGCUUCUGCUCUAAAACCCUAUAAAAACCCCAGCUUCCCACCUAGGGGGCGCGCAAAGUCAUCCGAAUGACCUUGCUGCCCCGGGUACCCGUGUAUCAAAAUAAAAGCCUCUUGCUGUUUGCA